GCGCGGCAAGGGCUCAGGACUCGGCGCGGGGCUGGCGGGGCGGGGCCGCCGUGGUCUCGGCCUGUGCGAGUGCGGGCGCGGGCUAGGGACGCCGGAGGAGGCGACCCCGAAGUUUGGGAACUCGAGCUGGGGGCGGUGGCCCCUCCCAGAUCAAGGUUGGAAUUUGCCCUCAACAAAUAAGAAAAUGAUGAGUGAUGCAAGUGAUAUGUUGGCCGCGGCGUUGGAGCAGAUGGAUGGUAUUAUAGCAGGUUCUAAGGCCCUGGAAUAUUCCAAUGGGCUUUUUGAUUGCCAGUCUCCCACAUCUCCGUUCAUGGGAAGUUUGCGAGCCCUGCACCUAGUGGAAGAUCUACGAGGACUGUUAGAGAUGAUGGAAUCAGAUGAGAAGGAAGGCUUGCGAUGCCAGGUCCCAGAUUCCACAGCAGAAACCCUGGUAGAAUGGCUGCAGAGUCAGAUGACAAAUGGACACAUACAUAGGAAUGGCGAUGUGUACCAAGAAAGGCUAGCCCGCUUAGAAAAUGACAAAGAAUCCCUCGUUCUUCAGGUCAGUGUGCUGACAGACCAGGUGGAGGCCCAAGGAGAGAAGAUUCGAGACUUGGAGUUUUGUCUUGAAGAACACCGAGAGAAGCUGAAUGCCACUGAAGAAAUGCUGCAGCAGGAGCUUCUUAGUCGGACAUCCUUGGAGACUCAGAAGUUGGAUCUGAUGGCUGAAAUAUCUAACUUGAAGUUAAAACUGACAGCAAUGGAGAAGGACAGACUGGAUUAUGAAGACAGGUUCAGAGACACAGAGGAGCUGAUGCAGGAGAUCAGUGAUUUGAGGAACAAAGUCAGUGAAAUGGAUACUGAACGACUUCAAUAUGAGAAAAAGCUUAAGUUGACCAAAGAAGAACUGGCAUCUUUAAAAGAGCAACUGGAAGAAAAAGAAUCUGAAGUACAAAGACUGCAAGAAAAAUUGAUGUGCAAGCUCAAAGGAGAAGGAAUUGAAAUUAUUGACAGAGAUGAAAAUUUUAAACAGAAGUUCAAAGAAAAAAAUAUUGAAGUACAAAAAUUGAAAAAGGCCAUGGAGUCUCUGAUGGCAGCAAAUGAAGAAAAGGAUAGAAAAAUAGAAGAUCUCAGACAGUGCCUAAACAAGUAUAAGAAAAUGCAAGACACAGUGGCAUUCGUCCAAGGUAAAAUAGGUAAAGAUGGCGAAUAUGAAGAUCUGCAACUCAACUCCAGCUCCAUCUCCACCUUGAUGGACACCCAGGGCUUUAGUGAUCUGGAGAAGAGUCCUUCAUCCACUCCAAGAAUGGGGUCUCCCAGUCAUGAGCCACUCAACACAAGUGCUUCAGAAGAGCUCCAAACCAGCAUAUUGCAAGUUUCAGUCCCUUCAUUAUUGCCAGCAAAUGUGGAUGUGGAAACUGCUGAAUAUUCAAAGUCACGUCCCAAACAAGAAACUUCAUUGCAAGAGAAGGAUGAAAAAGCAGUCCUUGGUGCUGCUGUUGAAAUUGAGCUGUAUGAUAGCCUUUCAACUUCAAAUCUGCAAAAAUCCAGCAGCCUGGGGAACCUGAAGAAAGAGAUAUCAGAUGGGGAAAAGGAGUCUACUCAGAAGCCUUCAGAGGAGAAAGCUCCAGGAGAAGGCCGUACAUGUGGGACCCUCCCUCCCAAAGUUCCCUCCAUGGAUGACAACCCCUUUGGCACUCGAAAAGCAAGAUCUUCUUUUGGCCGAGGCUUUUUCAAAAUCAAAAGUAACAAGAGGACGGCAAGUGCUCCCAACCUGGAUCGUGAACGUAGUGCCAGUGCACCUACCUUAGCUGAAACAGAAAAGGAGGCAGUAGAGCACUUAGAUUUGGCUGGUGCGUCUUCUCGGCCCAGAGAUUCACAGGGAACCAGCCCCUUCCUGCUGUCGCCACCUUCUCCAUAUUCCAGGAAGAAAUCCCGAGGGAUCAUGAGACUUUUUGGAAAACUUAAGAGAAGCCAAUCAACUACCUUCAACCCAGAUGACAUGUCUGAGCCUGAGUUCAAAAGAGGAGGGACCCGGGCGACUGCAGGCCCCCGACUUGGGUGGUCUCGAGAUUUGGGACAGUCCAACAGUAACUUGGAUAUGCCAUUUGCCAAGUGGACCAAAGAACAAGUUUGUAACUGGCUGGUAGAACAAGGCCUGGGGUCUUAUCUGAAUCCUGGCAAGCACUGGAUCACAUCUGGCCAAACCCUUCUGCAGGCUUCCCCGCAGGAUCUGGAGAAGGAACUUGGAAUUAAGCAUUCACUUCAUAGGAAGAAACUGCAACUGGCUUUGCAAGCCCUAGGUUCUGAAGAAGAAACAAACCAUGGAAAGCUGGAUUUCAACUGGGUUACUAGAUGGCUCGAUGAUAUUGGCCUUCCCCAGUACAAGACCCAGUUUGAUGAAGGACGUGUGGACGGCCGGAUGCUACAUUACAUGACUGUUGAUGACUUACUGUCUUUGAAAGUUGUGAGUGUCCUGCACCAUCUCAGUAUCAAGCGGGCAAUCCAGGUCUUGAGGAUCAAUAACUUUGAGCCAAACUGUCUCCGGAGGCGGCCUUCUGAUGAGAAUAGCAUCUCCCCUCUGGAAGUGCAGCAGUGGACUAAUCACCGAGUGAUGGAAUGGCUGCGUUCUGUGGACUUGGCAGAGUACGCCCCCAACCUCAGGGGCAGUGGUGUGCAUGGCGGUCUCAUGGUUCUUGAACCCCGCUUCAAUGUGGAAACUAUGGCUCAGUUACUGAACAUCCCUCCCAAUAAGACCUUGUUGCGCAGACAUCUAGCCACUCACUUCAACCUCCUAAUUGGCUCAGAGGCUCAGCACCAGAAGCGAGACGCCAUGGAGUUGCCAGAUUACGUACUUUUGACCGCCACCGCCAAAGUGAAGCCAAAAAAACUGACCUUCAGCAAUUUUGGCAAUCUGAGAAAGAAGAAGCAGGAAGAUGGAGAAGAAUAUGUUUGUCCAAUGGAGCUGGGACAGGCAUCGGGUAGUACCUCUGACCAGGCCUGUAAACCUGGACUGGACCUGUGCUUGUACGACGAGGAUGAUUUAGACCGGCUAGAACAGAUGGAAGAUUCUGAAGGGACAGUAAGACAGAUUGGUGCAUUCUCUGAAGGCAUCAACAAUCUCACACAUAUGCUGAAGGAAGAUGACAUGUUUAAGGACUUCACUGCCCGCUCCCCUAGUGCCAGCAUUACUGAUGAAGACUCCAAUGUCUGACGUCACCCCAGAGCCACUUCAUCUUUCCUCCACCUAAGCAUUCAGAUGCAGCAUAGGCACCAAGCGACAUAUUGUAUAUUGUUCAUGGUUCAAGCUUCGCAUUUACAGGUGAAAUGGAAAGCUGGGGACC